CUCCGGGAGACCCCGGGUGUUUGUGUGUGUGUAUGUGUUGGUGAAUGUGAGUACGGAGGAGCAGCGGCCGCCAUUUCAGGGAGCUAGCCGACGCUGUCGCAGGGGUGGAUCCUGAGCUGCCGAAGCCGCUGCCCUGCUCUCCGUCGCGGGCUCCUUUAAUCCCAUUGUUUCUUUUAGAUUCGCUUGGGCCUAGACGCCCUCGGGGCCCGAUAUUCGGGUUGGGCGGUACCGCGGCCUGGGCCUAGUGGCUUAACAGUAGCAACAGCAGCGGCGGCGGCGGCAGCCGACUUUCCGAGUCGAGCACAGGCGCGCGAAAACCCGCACAGGCGAGUAGAGAAAAUGGCAGACGAUAUUGAUAUUGAAGCAAUGCUUGAGGCCCCUUACAAGAAGGAUGAGAACAAGUUGAACAGUGCCAACGGCCAUGAAGAACGUAGCAAAAAGAGAAAAAAAAGCAAGAGCAGAAGUCGUAGUCAUGAGAGAAAAAGGAGCAAAAGCAAAGAACGGAAGCGAAGUCGAGAUAGAGAAAGGAAAAAGAGCAAAAGCCGAGAGCGGAAACGAAGUAGAAGCAAAGAAAGGAGACGGAGCCGCUCCCGAAGUCGGGAUAGAAGAUUUCGAGGCCGCUACAGAAGUCCCUACUCCGGACCAAAAUUUAACAGUGCCAUCCGAGGAAAGAUUGGGUUGCCUCAUAGCAUCAAAUUAAGCAGAAGACGUUCCCGAAGCAAAAGUCCAUUCAGGAAAGACAAGAGUCCUGUGAGGGAACCUAUUGAUAAUCUGACUCCUGAGGAAAGGGAUGCAAGGACAGUUUUCUGCAUGCAACUGGCAGCAAGAAUUCGACCAAGAGAUUUGGAAGAAUUUUUCUCUACAGUAGGAAAGGUUCGAGAUGUGAGAAUGAUUUCCGAUAGAAAUUCAAGACGUUCCAAAGGAAUUGCCUACGUGGAAUUUGUUGAUGUCAGUUCAGUGCCUCUAGCAAUUGGAUUAACUGGUCAACGAGUUUUAGGAGUACCAAUCAUAGUCCAGGCAUCCCAGGCAGAAAAAAACAGAGCUGCUGCAAUGGCAAACAAUUUACAAAAGGGAAGUGCUGGACCCAUGAGGCUCUACGUGGGCUCAUUACACUUUAACAUAACUGAAGAUAUGCUUCGGGGGAUCUUUGAACCUUUUGGGAGGAUUGAAAGUAUUCAGCUCAUGAUGGAUAGUGAAACUGGUCGGUCUAAGGGAUAUGGAUUUAUUACAUUUUCUGAUUCAGAAUGUGCCAAGAAGGCUUUGGAACAGCUCAAUGGAUUUGAGUUAGCUGGAAGACCAAUGAAAGUUGGCCAUGUUACUGAACGAACUGAUGCUUCUAGUGCUAGUUCAUUUUUGGACAGUGAUGAACUAGAAAGGACUGGAAUUGACUUGGGAACAACUGGACGUCUUCAGUUAAUGGCAAGACUUGCGGAGGGUACUGGUUUGCAGAUUCCACCUGCAGCACAACAAGCUUUACAAAUGAGUGGCUCUUUGGCAUUUGGUGCUGUGGCAGAAUUCUCUUUUGUUAUAGAUUUGCAAACACGACUUUCCCAACAGACUGAAGCCUCAGCUUUAGCUGCAGCUGCAUCUGUUCAACCUCUUGCAACACAGUGUUUCCAACUAUCUAACAUGUUUAAUCCUCAAACAGAAGAAGAGGUUGGAUGGGAUACAGAGAUUAAAGAUGAUGUCAUUGAAGAAUGUAAUAAACAUGGAGGAGUCAUUCAUAUUUAUGUUGACAAAAAUUCAGCUCAGGGCAAUGUGUAUGUGAAGUGCCCAUCUAUUGCAGCAGCUAUUGCUGCUGUCAAUGCAUUGCAUGGUCGGUGGUUUGCAGGUAAAAUGAUAACAGCAGCAUAUGUACCUCUUCCAACUUACCACAACCUCUUCCCUGAUUCUAUGACAGCAACACAACUACUGGUUCCAAGUAGGCGGUGAAGGAAGAUACAGUCCCUUAUGUAUAUAGCUUUUUUUCUCUUGAGAAUUCAUCUUGAGUUAUCUUUUAUUUAGAUAAAAAUAAAGAGGCAAGGGUCUACUGUCAUUUGUAUACAGCUCCUGUUAUCUUGAAAAUAAAAAUGUUAACAGGAAUGCAGUGUGCUCAUUCUCCCUAACUAGCAAAUCCUACUUUAUGCAAAGCUGUUCUCUUGUUCUGCUGUUUUAAAUGUCCAUGUAGAAAAUUACAAUAAGGAUCUAUAGAAUAGCUCUAGGGGAACAAAUGUGCUUUCUGUAUAAAGGCAGACAGGUAAUGUUUUAAUGUUUCAGAACCCUAACUUUUUACACAGCAGUUACAUUUCACAUUUGUGUAUUUGGCUCAUGGUUCAGCCAAGGUUUCUAGGACACACUUUCAGUGUGUUAAAGUCCAAGCGGCUAAGUUAUUGCUUAGCAUAUGACCUUGAUCAUUUGGCAAGAAUGGAAUUUCAAAAUAAUAUUUGAUGGUAAUUUUUUCAAUUAAUGUAUCUGUAAAAGUUUCUUUGUAAAUACUAUAUGUUUUAGUGUGUCUUGAUUCCAAACAAAAUGAUCCCUGCAUUUCCUCAAGGUUGUUGGUGUAACAGAUUGAAUAAAGCAGUCUUGGGCAAGAGAUAGGAAAUGCAGAAAUAGGUUUUGUCUGGUUGCAUAUAAUCUUUGCUCUUUUUAAGCUCUGUGAGCUCUGAAAUAUAUUUUUGGGUUACUUCAGUGUGUUUGACAAGACAGCUUGAUAUUUCUAUCAAACAAAUGACUUUCAUAUGGCAACAAUCUUUGUAAGAACCACUCAAAUAAAAUUCUCUGAAAAAGGCCACAAAA